AUGAAGAACUGGAAGAGAAGAUACUUUCAGUUAGAUGAAAACACAAUAGGAUAUUUCAAGUCUGAACUGGAAAAGGAACCUCUCAGGGUUAUACCACUUAAGGAGGUCCAUAAGGUUCAGGAAUGCAAACAAAGCGAUAUAAUGAUGAGAGACAAUCUCUUUGAAAUUGUAACAACUUCUCGAACCUUUUAUGUACAGGCGGACAGUCCAGAAGACAUGCACAGUUGGAUAAAAGCAAUUUCUGGGGCCAUUGUAGCACAGCGGGGACCUGGAAGAUCAGCAGCUUCCAUGCGGCAGGCCAGAAGGCUGUCGAAUCCUUGUAUACAGAGGAGCAUACCGAGUCUUCUUCCGAACCCAACCAUGCUCUCCGUUCUGCCGUCCCAGCCCCAGCCACCUCACAUUCCACAGCCGCUCACGGCAGCCCUCUGGUCCCAAACCCUCACGCCAAAUACCCUGCCUUGGAGAAGCGAGGAUUUCACGAAUCUUUUACCAAGGCCAAGCCAGGGAGCCACAAGAUCCAGGUUGUCGCUCCAAGAGAAUCAACUUCCAAAGUGACUGAACGGGGUCUCUUGGAACCCCAAAGUAAAAAUGGCACUCAGGAACAGGAUCCUGGCCUUGUGGAUCUGGAUGAUGCAAGCCUUCCAGUUAGUGAUGUGUAGUGAUGGAAGUGUUUGGAGAAUGAUCCAUUUGUUCGGUCCUUUAAUUUCCUUGCUCGGACUUUUAACCAAAGAAAAUUAUAGGAAAUGAGAACAAAAAA